GUAGAUUUAGUUCUCUCCUUCUGCCUUUAUAUGGAUCCUGGAACUUGAAUGCAGGUCAUCAAGCCUAUACAGCAAGUGCUUUUACCCACUAAGCUGGCCUAGAGUUGUGUAAAUUUCUCUAUUCUGUAGAAAUUUUUACCUUUAACAGAGUUUAAUGUGUUCUGAUUUUAAGUCCUCUAAGGAAUUCUAUCUUGGCACCAGGCAAUUAUGAAAACAUUUAUUUGGAAAUCAUGAACCUGACCUCCUUGGAUUCACAUGAUGACAUUUGAUUUUUAGUCCACUGAUGAUUAAAGUUUCACUUCCUUGCAUCAAAUGGAUUAUAGAAUUUCUUAUGAUAGCUCCCUUUCCUUUUUAAUAGACCUUUACCUGUCUUCCUACAUCUAUAUUUUUUAAGUAAAUGAUUUCUGUAUGUUUCUUAAAUAUUCACAUAAAAUAUUCAGUUAUUAUAUCAGUUAUGAUAGUUAAAAUAUUGGAAGGCAAAGGGGCAUUUCAUUGAAAACUGUUUGUUCAAAAAUGUAUAAAGUUCUUUAGACAGAUUAAGAGAUGCCUCUUAGGUAAAUUAAAUUGGUGACAAUCCUUUUAUGUUUUCAGUUCUUGAAAUUUCAGAAUAUCCAGUUUCACCCAGUUACAGGACUUAGGCCUACUCAUUAUAGCCACUGGGAAAAAGCUUGGAGAAGAAACCAGGCAUUCAUACCUCUACUCUCAAAACUUAGGGGAUGGUGGUGCAGAGCCUCCUAAUUCACUUGUAUUUGGUGGCUAUAAAAAUAAUAGACAAGUCUCAGCUGGAUGCAGUAAACCUUGAGAAAAUCUACCGAGAAGUACAAAUAAUGAAAAUGCUCGACCAUCCUCACAUAAUUAAACUGUAUCAGGUGAUGGAGACCAAAAGUAUGUUGUACCUUGUGACAGAGUAUGCCAAAAACGGAGAAAUUUUUGAUUAUCUUGCUAAUCAUGGCCGGUUAAAUGAAUCUGAAGCCAGAAGAAAAUUCUGGCAAAUUCUGUCUGCUGUUGAUUAUUGCCAUAGCCGGAAGGUAGUGCACCGUGACCUGAAGGCUGAAAAUCUCCUGCUGGAUAACAGCAUGAAUAUCAAAAUAGCAGAUUUCGGCUUUGGAAAUUUCUUUAAAACUGGUGAACUGCUGGCAACAUGGUGUGGCAGCCCCCCAUAUGCAGCCCCAGAAGUCUUUGAAGGGCAGCAAUAUGAAGGACCACAGCUGGAUAUAUGGAGCAUGGGAGUUGUUCUUUAUGUCCUUGUCUGUGGAGCUCUGCCUUUUGAUGGACCAACUCUCCCUAUUUUGAGACAGAGAGUUUUGGAAGGAAGAUUCCGGAUUCCAUAUUUCAUGUCAGAAGAUUGUGAACACCUCAUUAGAAGGAUGUUGGUCCUAGAUCCUUCCAAACGGCUAAGCAUAGCUCAAAUCAAGGAACACAAGUGGAUGCUCAUAGAGGUUCCUGUACAGAGGCCUAUUCUCUAUCCACAAGAACAGGAAAACGAGCCGUCCAUUGGAGAGUUUAAUGAACAGGUUUUGCGACUGAUGCACAGCCUUGGGAUUGAUCAGCAGAAGACUAUUGAGUCUUUGCAAAACAAGAGCUAUAAUCACUUUGCUGCCAUUUAUUUCUUGUUGGUGGAACGUCUGAAAUCACAUAGAAGCAGUUUUCCUGUGGAGCAGAGACUUGAUGGCCGCCAGCGCCGGCCUAGCACCAUUGCUGAACAAACAGUUGCCAAGGCACAAACUGUGGGGCUACCAGUGACCUUGCAUCCACCGAACCUGAGGCUGAUGCGGUCUACCCUCCUCCCGCAGGCAUCCAAUGUGGAGGCCUUUUCAUUUCCAACAUCCAGCUGUCCAGCAGAAGCUGCCUUUAUGGAGGAAGAGUGUGUUGAUACGCCAAAGGUGAAUGGCUGUCUGCUUGACCCUGUACCCCCUGUCCUGGUGAGGAAGGGAUGCCAGUCCCUGCCCAGCAGUAUGAUGGAGACCUCCAUUGAUGAAGGAUUGGAGACAGAAGGAGAGGCCGAGGAAGACCCCAGUCAGGCCUUUGAAGCUUUCCAGGCCACACGCAGUGGGCAGCGACGGCACACUCUGUCAGAAGUGACUAACCAAUUGGUUGUGUUGCCCAGGGCAGGAAAAGUUUUCUCCAUGAGUGAUAGCCCCUCCCUUGACAGUGUGGACUCUGAGUAUGAUAUGGGGUCUGCCCAGAGGGACCUGAACUUUCCAGAAGACAGCCCUUCCCUGAAGGACAUCAUGUUGGCCAAUCAGCCAUCACCUCGCAUGACUCCUUUCAUAAGCCUCAGACCUGCCAACCCAGCCAUGCAGGCUCUGAGCUCACAGAAGCGUGAAGCCCAUAACCGGUCCCCUGUGAGCUUCCGAGAAGGCCGCAGAGCAUCAGAUACUUCCCUUACACAAGGAAUUGUAGCAUUUAGACAGCAUCUUCAGAAUCUUGCUAGAACCAAAGGAAUUCUGGAGUUGAACAAAGUACAAUUGCUGUAUGAACAAAUUAGGUCAGAUGCAGACCCUACCUUAACAUCGACUGCUCCUCAGCUCCAAGACCUUUCGAGCAGUUGCCCUCAGGAGGAGAUCUCUCAGCGGCAGGAAAGUGUCUCCGCCCUCUCUGCCAGCAUGCACCCUCAGCUUUCACCACAGCGAAGCUUGGAAACCCCGUACCUGCAGCACCGACUCCAGAAGCCCAGUCUUCUGCCAAAGGCCCAGAAUGCUUGUCCGAUGUAUUGUAAAGAACCACCUCGAAGCCUGGAACAGCAGCUACAGGAACACAGGCUCCAACAGAAGCGACUCUUCCUGCAGAAGCAGUCUCAGCUGCAAGCGUAUUUUAAUCAGAUGCAGAUAGCAGAGCGCUCCUACCCUGGACCAACUCAGCAGCUGGCUCUUCCCCACCCGGAGACUGCACCGACACCCCAGCAGCCCCCAUCCUUCAGCCUGACCCAGGCCCUCAGCCCUGUCCUGGAACCCUCUUCUGAGCAGAUGCAAUUUAGCUCUUUCCUCAGCCAAUACCCAGAUAUGCAGUUGCAGCCCCUGCCCUCUGCGCCCAGCCCCCGGGCUCCACCUCCCUUACCCUCACAACUGCAACAACAGCAGCAGCCACCACCCCCACCCCCACCCCCUCCACCACAGCAGCCAGGAGCUACUCCAGCCUCCUUACAGUUCUCCUAUCAGACUUGUGGGCUGCCAAGCACCACUUCUUCUGCACCAAGCUAUCCUGCUUCCUGUCACUAUCCUGUGGACGGAGCCCAACAGAGCAACCUCACAGGGGCAGAGUGUCCCAGGAGCUCAGGACUUCAGGAGGCCCUCUCUGCGCUCCCUGGACUCUUUGACUAUGAAAUGGUAGAAGCCGUGGACCCACAACACAAUGGAUUGAAAAUGGGGGCCGCUCAUUUCAGGACUGCAGGAACAGACCGCAACAGAUUGGCAUAAACCCCUGCCCCCCAACAGGCUGUGGGCUGCUUAGCCCAGGAGACCUAGCAGCUAUGGCAGGACAGUUAGGCGACAGAUGAGGGGCUGCGGAGAGGCUGUCAGAAGGUUAAAGGCUGCAGAGAGAAGUUGGGAACCUCAUCAGCGGCCAAGCCUGUUAGGCACUGACACAGAGAGGAGGUGAGGACAGUCGCCUGGUGAAGACCAAGAAUCAUCCAGCCGGAACCAGUCGUAAGCUCCCAUUUUCUCCUUCCUCAGUUUCAAGUAGACAUCCCUAGUUCCACGGCUACCUUUAUUUCAUGAGAUGGAGGCUGGUGAGAGUAGCCGAGCUCUCCGCUCAUCAGAUUGUUUCCGUGUCUGCCCCUAACUAGUGACCCAUGGAAGCUUGCAAGUCGUUUCUCCUCACAAGUACUAAAGUAACACUAAAGCGGCUUAGGCCCACUCUUGUGGAGAGGCAGCUUUGAAAUACUGACGUGUUUGCCUGUCGGUUCACAUCAGCAGUGUGUACACUACUGUAUAGUAACCCUUAGCUUUGUUAUCUUGUAAACGAGCCUCUCCAAAGAGACUGGUGAUUCAAACAUGAGGUAAAAUUUUCAUUCAGCAAAAAGUGCAA